ACAGAAAAGAAAAAGAAAAAGAAAAAGAAAAAGAAAAAGGGAAGAGAAAGACGAAAACCCAACCGGAAAAGUUAACGGCGAUGAACAGGCGAAUGACAAUGGAGCAAAUCCAUGGAAGGAAGUUGAUUCUCUCUCCCCCUCGUCUCCUCCUCCUCCUCCUCCAUCGGAUCCUCUGUCUUCCUCGCGCCACUUCCGGGUGAAUUUCCGCCGGAGUUUGCUGCAAAUCGGCCGGCGUUUGGUGUCCCGGCUCGGUCAAACCGAUUGCCGUCUCCGUCUCCCGCACUCUCUCUAUCUUCUGUCAAUCGGGGCUGUAGCCUAGAGCGAGAGAUAGAGAGAGAGAUAGAGAGAGAGAGAGAGAGAGAGAGGUUUCUCGGGCUACGUGCAGUCAUGGAAGAAUCGAAGGAGAUACACUCUGGUGAGAGAAAGGCAUCUUCUGAGAAGAAUCAGAAGAGAAGGUUGAAGACUCCAGAUCAGGUCAAGGCUUUAGAGAAGUUUUAUAAUGAGAACAAGUACCCAACUGAAGAAAUGAAAUCAGAAAUUGCAGAACAGUUAGGGUUGACAGAGAAACAAGUAUCUGGUUGGUUUUGUCACAGAAGAUUGAAAGACAAAAGGGUGAAACAGGAAGCAUUAGCAAAUGGACGGCAGGACCAUUCAAGUGGAAUUAUUCAGGAUCUUGGAAGUGGACAUAGGCAAGAUUCGUGUGGCAGCACCAAACAAGGGGAUCAUUGGCCUGUUGAACCGAGAGAGGUUGAAAGCCGUAGUUUCCAUCACCACAAUGCUCCUGCUGCAUUCAUCUCUGAUGAACCUAGAGGUAACUAUGCUGGAAAUGUUGGUGAUAUGGAUGAUGCAUCUUCAGGAAGUAGUUCACACUCGCAGGAACGGCUCUAUUCUGCAGGCACAAGCCUAAAAAAUGUGAAUGUUCCAAAGUAUCUCACACAUAACGGAAUCAAUGCUACUAGCGAUGCUAGGAAUAUAUUUAGCAUGGGAGGAUAUAAGCCAUCCGGAUAUCUGAAAGUGAAGUGUGAUUCCGAAAAUGCUGCUAUAACCGCUGUUAGGCGGCAACUGGGGAGGCUUUACCGGGAAGAUGGCCCACCACUUGGCAUUGAAUUUGAUCCCCUUCCUCCUGGUGCUUUUGAGUUCCCAAUCAGGGAUGAAUCACCUGGAUCUUACUAUGGUGGUGAUCGUACUUAUUCUCCAGAUACUGACAGGUUAUGGAGACCGACCAGUGUAACUACAAGAGACAGUCUAUAUGAUCAGAGGAUCAGCUCUAAGAUUUCGCCCAAGGAAGGAGCAAACUUCAGCAGAACGAAUAGUCACGAUUUUGAGGAUUAUCAAUCUAUUCCAAACUUGAGAGAAAAGCACUCUCUUUUUCGUCAGCCAGUACAAUUUUCUUCUCUGGAUCCUUCUUCAGACAUGCUAGAAGAUUCUGGAGAUCAUGUUUCUGCUUAUUCUCAGAAAAGGAACUAUAGGCUCAAUUCUAGGGAUAAGGAAGAGAUGGGAACAUCUGUCUAUAAUCAGUACGAUGGGGGAAGUAAUAGUGACAAGAGAGGCCUUAGGAGUUUCAACCCCGGGAAUAUCCAAGUCGGUCCAACAUCUAGAAGUGCGAGUUUGAAGAAGAAAGGGCAAGUCAGGGAAGAGAAGGACGAAAAACAGUACUAUGACAAGAAGGCGGCGUCAGAUUAUUAUGAUCUCGUCAAAGUUAAGAAGCAUCCAACUAGGGAAAUUCCAAUGGCAAAGCGGGUCAGAAAGGAAUUCCCUCUGCAAGAUUACGCAGGAGAAGCUUCAAUGUAUAGAUGAGACAGUGUAGAGAAAUUGGAUGAGGGGUAUUGCACAUUUUCAGCCCUAACUUGAAUCUGCUCUGCAAGGGAGGAGCAGAUCUGUGGUUCAAGGAGGCCUUCAAUGAUGGACUAGGUAAUGUUAUUUCUUGGGAAACAAAGAACAAACGCGAAUGUUAAAGGAAUAUCGCGGAAAGGGCAUCCAAUUGAGCGAAAACUAAUCGAGGAGUUUCCAUCACAGAACUCCUCGAAUCUGUAAAUUUCUACCUGUAUAUAACUCGUUUUAGUGAUCUAGCGUCUAGACUGAGAAAAGAAGCAAAGAAAGUUGAAGCUUGGCCAGGACAAUUGUUCUUUGUGGGAAGGCAUACUUUUGCAGCAAGAUGCUUGGGAGAUAGAGAGAGAGGAACGAGCUUAUUUGUCGAUAAUUGGAGGCCGCAGCUUCUCGUAGUGGUGAUGAUGAAAUAGAUUCGGUUCGACCUUGUGUUUGCAUCUUUGAUAACCUUAGUUUGUUUGCUUUUCUGUGGACUCAUGAAUGUAUAUAUAGUGUACAUAGCCUUCAAUCCAUCUCGCAUACUGCCAUUUUCUCCCCGA